UUGAAAAAGCACGUUAGGUCUGAAACGAUCGAUUUAAACGUGAACUGUGAUUCUUGUUCCUGCCGUUGCUAACAAAUUCUUCCGCUGCGAUCAUCUCUCUGCAGACACCAUAUAUAUACACAAACACACAAGUUCAUAGACCCAGUACACAAACGUACUGAUAUGUGAAGAAAAAUGGAGACUAGGAAGCGAAAACCCUUAUCAGACCUGGCAAAUUUCUUCAAUUUAACCCCCGCCUCCACUCUACGCAAGAUUGUCGCAUCAAAACCACCAAAUUCAAAUCUAAAAUCAAAUCCAAGUUCCAGAACUGAAAAAGUUAUGUUUCGAUUCCGACACCAAGUCCCGUACCAGUAUCGGUUCAUCCAAUGUUAGCGCCGCCCGGAAUUCGCAUACAGUUCAAUUGUCGACUGACCCUUGUCGUCCGCUCUCGUCAAAUGCCUCACCUGGAGGUGGGAAAACUAAGAAUGGAGCAUCAAGUCGAAGACAGACAACAUAUGGACCUCAGAAAGAAAGAGAGGUUGUUUCUGCAACCUUUAGCUCCACUCCUCUUUUGAAGAAGAAGAAUAAAGGAAAGGCAAUUACUGUACCAUCCUAUUACCCACCUCCUGGGAAAACAGAGGAAUAUGGUAAAACAAUUCGCAGUUCUUGUAGUUCACUGGAGAAAGAAAUGGAUAAGGUGAAAGGAAAUCUCUGUCCUUUUAGUGGAUAUGUAGAAAAAACGGAAGUUGGGAAGGAAAUUCCCAAUCAUUCGAGCUUCUCAUUUGAAAAAGGAGAGACAAAGACAAUUCUCGGUGCUUCUGGCUGCUCAAUUGAGAAAACAAAAGAGCUGAGGAUGGGAAUCCUUAAUGCUUCUAACUGCUCAUAUGACAGAAGAAAGGAAAGAGGGGUUGUGAACUUUAGUCAUAGCUCCUCACUCGACAAAACGAAUGAGAUCAGGAAGACAAUCCUCAAUCCUUCUAGCUUGUUAGUUGAUAAAACAAAGGAUAAAGGGAAGGCUGUUCUUAAUGCUUCUGGUUGCUCAAUAGAGAAAACGAAAGGGUUGAUCCUUAAUCCUUUUAGCAGCACAUAUGAGAAAAGAAAGGAAAGAGGGGUUGUGAUUCAUAGUCCUAGCUCCUCGCUCGAGAAAACAAAAGAGAUAGGGAAGACAAUCCUCAAUCCUUCUUGCUCAUUGGUCGAGAAAACAAAUGAUAAAAGGAAGAAUGUUCUCAAUCCUUUUAACUGCUCAAUUGAGAAAACAGAGGAAGAAGGGAAGUCCAUUCUUAAUCCUUUUGGCUCCUUGCUUGAGGCGACAAAGAAGAAGGGGAAGGUGAUACUCGUUCCUGGCUCAGUUGAAAAAAUAAGUGAUAAAAGGGCAUCUGCUACUGUGCCGGUUAAUUUCACUUCUUGGAGAAGAAAAAGUGGAAAGAAGACUAGAUAUUGGGGCUUCUAGUUACCCUCCUUUACUGAAGAUAAAGUAGCAUAUACUCUCCCUCGCACUCUCACUCUCACUCUACUCACAUGUACACAAACACAAACACAAACACAUACACAUACACAUUGCACACAGAGCAAUAUAUGUAAUAUGUUCUGUUUAUGCCAAAUUGGACUUUGUGACCUUUUGAAAUGAUAUCCUGAUUGUCAUGACUCUUUGACAGCUUGUACUAUGUGCAUGAUAUGCCUACUUUAAAAUUCCUAAUGCAUUGGAUUCACUGGUUUCUUAUUAUAGACAAAUGUAA